AUGUCGGAAGACGUCUCGAAGUUUCUGGAGCAGGUCAAAGAAUUGGGGGAUCGCCGCCUCGACGAAGACGAGGCACGCUCGCGAGAGCUGGAAGAGAAGAUACUGCAAGACAGAAAGGAGCGACAAGCCCGCCGAGCAGAACGCGCCAGGUCCAUCUCGCCCCAGAAGUCAUCACCUGCAAACACCCCGCCGCCCUCGACGCAUCGUGCGACCACCCCAGGCGCCUCUCAACGCCUGCAGCUAGACUCCUCGCCCAUCCUCGACCCUCCCACGAGCCCCAAGUCCUCGGCCGACGCACCGCAAGCCGAGGCCAUGGGCUCCCGAGACUUCUACGCCUCCUCGGCUUCCAAGGAGAACGAGUCGCCAUUCGAUGCCGACAGCAAGCGGGCAAGCAACGCUACCUCUCCCACAAGGUCUGCCACCGUUAGAGGCUUGAAUUGGCAGAGAAGGCCCAACUCGCAAGCCUCCAAUGGGUCGAGAAGCAGGCCGCUCUCCAUGGUCGCAGCCGAGAAUGCGGCCCGCUCCUCGACCACCCCAUCUGAGCCCAGCUCGGUGACCGAGGCAAUACCGAGGGACCAAAUUGCCAACGCCUUGUCUUCAAAGGACCCGUCGUGGUUCCGUCAGACGGCAGACAGGGGUGCCAGCUCCGGAGCUUACAGGAAGAACCAGGUCGAAGACGAAGAGAGAAUGGACAUGUCGUCCAUGCGAGCGCAACUGCCUGGCCUCGCACGCAGGCCUUCGGAAGAGCCCACGAAGGACGAGUCCAGCGCUCCACUGGAAUCUCCUGGUGCCCACCGCACCCUAGGUUCUCCCUUGUCAUUGAGCAGCUUGCAACGAUUGGACCCUCCCCAGAACGACGGUCAACUUGAGCUUGAUUCAACAUCGGAACAGCAACCAAUGAUGUCUCCUCCUCCGCUGGGAAGGUCAUCGCCUACGAGGACUGAUAGACCCGCCUCGCCAACGAAGGGAAUGGGCGGCUUCGUCCAGAGCGCCAUGAUGAAACGCUCCGACAGCGUCAGCAAGCGAUGGAGUGUGCAAUCACCAAAGGGAUUACAACGCGCUGAUUCCGUUGCAUCGAAUCGCAACAGCUUCAACCCGAGUCGUAGCGUGGUAGGGUCUUCCGUCAGACCUACCAGCCUGGGACGGGAAACCUCCACUGAGUCAACCUCGCGCCCGGGAUCUAGCCUAGGGAAUCAACAGGAGCAAGCGGAAGAAUCUAUUUCUAGGAAGAUAAGUGACUCCUUGAGAGUGGAUACGCAGCCGACACGGGAACCUGAAGCACAGGACAGCGAUGACGCCGCACUACCGACCAGUCCGUCAAAGACGAUGGAUCCGAAACGCUGGAGUCCUACCAAAGCCAGCUGGCUUGAGUCUGCUCUCAACAAGCCCGAUUCCCCCAAACCCAAGCCAACCCCGCCACCGGCCAACCAGCCUGCGUGGAUGGCUGAGAUAGCCAGGGCAAAGGCGCAGAAGGCGGCAAAUCCCAUUGGGGAACUCUCACGAACACCGACUGGCUCUCACAAGCACCAAGUUAGUAUCGGUGGACUUAUGCGGUCUGCGGCCCCGGGAGUUGGUACUAAAGCAGUUCCCUUCGGCGGUGCUAGCGGCCCAUCCACACCAACAGUCACUACACACCACACAGGCCACAAAGGCGCCAGAAAUGACUCCGUGGACUCUACGAAGCCCGGGGAAGGAACCCGGGCGGUUGAGAGCGCGACAAAUUCGAGCUCCAAGGGCGUUGACGAUGUUACCAGCAAAGCUAAGCCAGAGACACCGCCCAAGAAAGACUUCAGGGCAAGUUUGAAGGCUAGACCACCUCCAUCUAGCUCUGGCUCCUCCAAUAACCCUGAGUUCAAGAAUGUAUUUGGUAACCUGCGGAAAACAACUACCCAGAACUACGUCGCUCCUGAUGAACUGAAAGACAACAUCACGAGGGGCAAGGCUGCGCUCAACUUUACGGGCGGCCCAAAGAAGACCGAACGAAAGGAUGAAUUCAAGGAGGCGAUUUUAGCGAAGAAGAAGGAGUUUCAGCAGAGCCAAACUGAGGGUAGAGGAAUUACGCGCAACUCUAGUACAGCAAGCGAACAGCCCGUCCCAGAAGGGCUAAUCAAGAGUCUCGAGAUGCGACGCUCGAAUACGAUUAGGAGGGAUACGGCUUCAAGCGAUGCGGCCCCCACACUAGAGCAGCUGAAGAGGAGGAGUACAGUUUCGAGAACAGGACCGGCGACUCCUGUCGCUGAGCGAAUGAGCAUACACGAGAAGCGGGACUCCAAGUCAAGUAUUCCCCCUUUCGAGGAGCGUCGACCGAGUCUUGCUUCGAACCGAGACCCAGUGAAGUCGCCCGCCGAGCCCAAACCCGCCGAUGCGCUGCCUGGUCUCCAGAAAGAAACGAGCGCACCUGGCCGUCUUCAAGGCAAGGUAGGGGGUAGCGCGCUGGCCAACAGAUUCAACCCAGCUCUAGCCGGGCUGCUCGCACGAGGGCCACCUCCCAUGGCAUCUGGGCCGUCAGAGGCCCAGGCCAGCUCACCGUCCAGCGGCGGAGGCAACGAUGAACCUGGACAAGGGCCAAAACUUACGCAUAUGACUAAGGGUCGUGCCCGAGGACCAAAGAGAAAAGCACCCACCUCGACGACCGCGGCUGGCUCUGCCAAUAGUCCAGCCGAGACCCCACCAGCCAUUGAGCCCAAAGCUGAAGUCAAGCCGGCUCAGACUGAGACGACUGACAUCAACCGUGACUUAAAAGAACCCAGUAUUCCUGCGGCAGCACCUGAACCCCAAGUCAUCUCCCUGGUCGACUCUUCGAAAAAGGUCUACGACUACUCGCCGCGCCCCAAGCCACAGACCAUCUCGCUAGUUGACUCUGAUAAGUCGGCAGCAGACCCUGCCCGGGGGCAAACUGCCAACCCACCUAGGCCCGGCAGGUCUCAUGUGCGGACCAAGAGCCGCGUGUUUGAGCAAGUCGCUGCAUUCGCAGCUCAGAGAAACUCACCUUCUCCGACGAAGCAACAAGAGUCAAGUCUGACUGGCUCACAGCCACCCUCACCAAGGAAACUGGACUUGAACCGCGUGUCAAAAUUUGGAGCUGAUUCGAGCCCAGAGAAGUCUCCCGAACGGCAACGCCCGCAAGAGACAAGGACAGUGGAAGCCGACCCAACCCCAAGGGCAUUAUUUAGCAAACCAGCCGUCUCAACUGUGAGCAAGCCUGAAUCAGGCUCACCACAGCCACACAUUUCUGGGAGGCCGCUGCCGGAACCACAUCUCUCCCAGUCAAAUGUCCCGCCACCUCGAGAAUCUGCUGAGCCUAUGGCAUCCGCGGGUGAUGGAUUAGCUGCUCUUUCCAGCAGAGCACUGCCUCCGAAACCCUCGUCUGCAAGAUCCACCCCUGUGAAGCCUCGGCCACUUCCCGAGCCGCUGUCAUCAUCGAGACCACUUCCCAGCCCUGGUCCUCUCUCCCCUCCGUCGCUUGCCUCCCCCAUGCGAUCACCCACAAAACAGGCCAUGGAGGCCAGUUCCGUUCUGGUCGAGUUCUUUGGCUCUGAACGGCCUCAGCGCAACUAUCAUGUGGAUGCAGCUGAGCUGCUGAUGCAAAGACCAAGCGUCUCUGCGCCCAAGAUUCAGACUCUGAGUGCACAGCUCUUCCAAUUCUCCGCUGACGGGAAGAAGGUACCGGUGCCUGCGCAUCAUGAAAGAGUUCUUUUCGAACGUGAGAUGUAUCUCUGUUCUCACACAUUCAAUAAUGAGGCGGGAAAGAAAACGUCGGAAGUUUACUUCUGGGCUGGAGAUGAAGUCCCGUCGAGUGAGGUUGAGGAUGCCUCGAUCUUCGCGACACGGGAAGCAAAGGCUUUGGGUGGAAAGCUUGUGAAGCUGCAACAGAGCAAGGAGACUCCCGAGUUCAUGGCAGCACUUGGUGGCAUUGUCAUCACGCGGCGCGGGUCGAGCAACAAGUACGAUUCGCUUGCACCACACAUGCUCUGUGGCCGCCGUUACCUUGGUCAAAUCGUAUUUGAUGAGGUCGACUUGACCCCGCUAGCCUUGUGUUCUGGCUUCCCCUUCCUCAUCACCAGCUCUGGCAAAUGCUACCUGUGGAAGGGCAAAGGCAGUGGCGUUGACGAGCUCAGCUGUGCUCGUCUAAUAGGUAUGGACUACGCGCUGUCAGGUGAGCUGGACGAGGUUGAGGAUGGCCGAGAGCCGUCAGAUUUCUGGGGCCUGUUUGGUGGCGGCUCGAAAGUUGGUUCCGCGGAUCACUGGCGUCUGAAGCCCAACUACGAUAAGUACUGCAGCAGACUGUUCUGCUCCGAUGCAGAAUCAAAGCAGCAGAUUGUCGAACUGUCUCCAUUUUCGCAGCGUGAUCUCCAGCCCUCCAGCAUCUACGUCUUAGAUGCCUUCUUUGAGCUGUACAUUAUCGUUGGCGCUCGAGCGCAGCCACAGUACGCGUCGUUUCACAACGCGCUCGAGUUCGCACAAGAAUACGCCAUCCUCGCGUCGAGCAUGGAGGAUCGCCCUUUUAUCCCUGUGUCGACGGUUAUCCUAGAAGGAAUUCCGCGAGACAUGAAGAGCGUGUUCCGCAAGUGGCGUGACGCUGACAGCCCAACCAUCAUGAACGCUCCGGGAGCGGGUACAGGCCUCAGGAGAGGGCGAAGUCUCAGAAUCGUGCCGCUCAAUACGGCACUGCAAGCUUUGAGGGAUUAG